GAUGGAGUCGUCGGGCGGCCUCCCGCCUUCGCCGCGCGGCAGCGUCUCUGAGCGGGCCGUUGGGUCUGAGGCUGCGGUGAGCUCCGUUCAGCCAGCCGGGGCGGUGCCGGAGGGCUCGAGGCAGCAGGUGCAGGAUACGGAUGCCAUGGCCAGCUCUCGGCCCUCAACGCAGGCCAAGCUGAUCUUUGAGCGGGUCGCUGAGCUGGAGGCUGCGCUGAGUUCUCUUCAGCGAGGCGGCGUGGAGCCCGCCAGAAGCGCCAGAAGCCAGCAGUCUGACGUGGAGGCGCAGGGCUCGCGGCAGCAGCUGCAAGAGAUGGAGUUGUCGGGCGGCCUCCCGCCUUCGCCGCGCGGCAGCGUCUCUGAGCGGGCCGUUGGGUCUGAGGCUGCGGUGGGCUCCGUUCAGCCAGCCGGGGCGGUGCCGGAGGGCUCGAGGCAGCAGGUGCAGGAGAAGGAUGCCAUGGCCGGCUCUCGGCCCUCAACGCAGGCCAAGCUGAUCUUUGAGCGGGUCGCUGAGUUGGAGGCUGCGCUGAGUUCUCUUCAGCGAGGCGGCGUGGAGCCCGCCAGAAGCGCCAGAAGCCAGCAGCCUGACGUGGAGGCGGAGGGCUCGCGGCAACAGCUGCAGGAGAUGGAGUCGUCGGGCAGCCUCCCGCCUUCGCCGCGCGGCAGCGUCUCUGAGCGGGCCGUUGGGUCUGAGGCUGCGGUGGGCUCCGUUCUGCCAGCCGGGGCGGUGCCGGAGGGCUCGAGGCAGCCGGUGCAGGAGACGGAUGCCGCGGCCGGCUCUCGGCCCACAUUGCAGGCCAAGCUCUCAGAGCCAGUCGCUGAGAUGGAGGCCGCGCUGAGCUCUCUUCAGCGAGGCUGCGUGCCCGCGAGAAGCCAGCAGCCUGACGUGGAAGCGGAGGGCUCGAGGCAGCAGCUGCAGGAGAUGGAGUCGUCGGGCGGCCUCCCACCUUCGCCGCGCGGCAGCGUCUCUGAGCGGGCCGUUGGGUCUGAGGCUGCGGUGGGCUCCGUUCAGCCAGCCGGGGCGGUGCCGGAGGGCUCGAGCCAGCAGGUGCAGGAGACGGAUGCCGUGGCCAGCUCUCGGCCCUCUCUGCAGGCCAAGCUGAUCUUUGAGCGGGUCGCUGAGCUGGAGGCCGCGCUGAGCUCUUUCCAGCGAGGCUGCGUGGAGCCCGCCAGAAGCGCCAGAAGCCAGCAGCCUGACGUGGAGGCGGAGGGCUCGCGGCAGCAGCUGCAGGAGAUGGAGUCGUCGGGCGGCCUCCCGCCUUCGCCGCGCGGCAGCGUCUCUGAGCGGGCCGUUGGGUCUGAGGCUGCGGUGGGCUCCGUUCAGCCAGCCGGGGCGGUGCCAGAGGGCUCGAGCCAGCAGGUGCAGGAGACGGAUGCCGUGGCCAGCUCUCGGCCCUCUCUGCAGGCCAAGCUCUCAGAGCGGGUCGCUGAGCUGGAGGCCGCGUUGAGCUCUCUUCAGCGAGGCUGCGUGGAGCCCGCGAGAACCCGCCAGAAGCCAGCAGUCCGACGUGGAGGCGGAGGGCUCGAGGCAGCAGCUGCAGGAGAUGGAGUCGUCGGGCAGCCUCCCGCCUUCGCCGCGCGGCAGCGUCUCUGAGCGGGCCGUUCGGUCUGAGGCUGCGGUGGGCUCCGUUCAGCCAGCCGGGGCGGUGCCAGAGGGCUCAAGCCAGCAGGUGCAGGAGACGGAUGCCGUGGCCAGCUCUCGGCCCUCUCUGCAGGCCAAGCUCUCAGAGCGGGUCGCUGAGCUGGAGGCCGCGUUGAGCUCUUUCCAGCGAGGCUGCGUGGAGCCCGCCAGAAGCGCCAGAAGCCAGCAGCCUGACGUGGAGGCGGAGGGCUCGCGGCAGCAGCUGCAGGAGAUGGAGUCGUCGGGCAGCCUCCCGCCUUCGCCGCGCGGCAGCGUCUCUGAGCGGGCCGUUGGGUCUGAGGCUGCGGUGGGCUCCGUUCUGCCAGCCGGGGCGGUGCCGGAGGGCUCGAGGCAGCCGGUGCAGGAGACGGAUGCCGCGGCCGGCUCUCGGCCCACAUUGCAGGCCAAGCUCUCAGAGCGAGUCGCUGAGAUGGAGGCCGCGCUGAGCUCUCUUCAGCGAGGCUGCGUGCCCGCGAGAAGCCAGCAGCCUGACGUGGAGGCGGAGGGCUCGAGGCAGCAGCUGCAGGAGAUGGCCGUGGCCGGCUCUCGGCCCUCACCGCAGGCCAGGUUCGCCGUGCGGGUGGCUGAGCUGGAGGCCGCGCCGGACUCCCUCCGGCGAGCCCCCGCGGAGCCCGCGAGGCUGGCGCCGAAGGCGGCCCUCGAACGGGCCCAGAAGGCUCGGCAGAGGGCCCUGCUGGACUCCGAGCAGGGGCGAACCCUCGAGGAGGACGCGCAGAGCGAGGAGGAUGCGGAGGGCUCGGAUCGGCAGGCGGACGAGCUGGAGGCGCUCGGUGGCGCCCCGCCUUCCCCGCAGACGGGCGCCUCUGAUCGAGUCGCUGGGCCUGAGGCUGCCCCGGACUCCUUUCAGCGUGCUGGCGCGGAGCCCGCGCGAAGUGAGCAGACCUCGCGGGAGGCGACGGCUUCGAGGCAGCAGCUGCAGGAGAUGGCCGUGGCUGGCUCUCGGCCCUCACCGCAGGCCAGGUUCGCCGUGCGGGUGGCUGAGCUGGAGGCCGCGCCGGACUCCCUCUGGCCCGCGGAGCCCGCGAGGCUGGCGCCGAAGGCGGCCCUCGAACGGGCCCAGAAGGCCCGGCAGAGGGCCCUGCUGGACUCCGAGCAGGGGCGAACCCUCGAGAAGGACGCGCAGAGCGAGGAGGAUGCGGAGGGCUCGGAUCGGCAGGCGGACGAGCUGGAGGCGCUCGGUGGCGCCCCGCCUUCCCCGCAGACGGGCGCCUCUGAUCGAGUCGCUGGGCCUGAGGCUGCCCCGGACUCCUUUCAGCGUGCCGGCGCAGAGCCCACGCGAAGCGAGCAGACCUCGUGGGAUGCGACGGUUUCGAGGCAGCAGUUGCAGGAGAUGGCCGUGGCUGGCUCUCGGCCCUCACCGCAGGCCAGGCUCGCCGAGCGGGUGGCUGAGCUGGAGGCCGCGCUGAGUUCUCUUCAGCGAGGUGGCGUGGAGCCCGCCAGAAGCCAGCAGUCUGACGUGGAGGCGGAGGGCUCGCGGCAGCAGCUGCAGGAGAUGGGGUCGUCGGGCGGCCUCCCGCCUUCGCCGCGCGGCAGCGUCUCUGAGCGGGCCGUUGGGUCUGAGGCUGCGGUGGGCUCCGUUCAGCCAGCCGGGGCGGUGCCGGAGGGCUCGAGGCAGCAGGUGCAGGAGACGGAUGACGUGGCCGGCUCUCGGCCCUCAACGCAGGCCAAGCUCUCAGAGCGGGUCGCUGAGCUGGAGGCUGCGCUGAGCUCUCUUCAGCGAGGCGUUGUGGAGAGGAGACCUGGAAAUUGGCAGUCCUCGCAGGAAGCAGAGGGCUCGAGGCAGCAGCUGCAGGACAGCCUCGCCGACAAGGCGGAGGCCGCGCUGGACUCCGAGCAGAGGCGAGCUCGCGGGGAGCCGGCGCGGAGCGAGCAGCAGCUGAGGGCUGCGGAGGGCUGGAGUCGGCAGCCGCAGGAGACGGAGUCGUUGGCCCGCCUCCCGCCGUCGUCGCAGGCCAGCGUCUCGCAGCGCGCCGCCGGGCCAGCGGCGGCGCUGGACAGCGCGGGGCGAGGCGGCGCGGAGCCCG